GUCCCAUGCUUUCUCUAGUUUCAGUUUCAAUUUGACUGCUUUGCUGAAAAAAGAUGGGAAUAGUUUCAGAUAACUACUGAAAAUGGUAUUGACAACAAGAAAUAAACUACUGCUACUGAUUGGUGCACCUACUACAUUAUUACUAGGUUACUGGUUAUUACGAGGUGCAGAUGAUGAAGACGAUGAAGAGGAAGAAACUUCCCAAAAGAUGGCCACUUCUAGACAAACAGUUAUUGAUGUAAAAGUUCCACCAAAAGCUGUAGGAGCUGUCAUUGGCAGACAGGGUGCUAUGAUUAAAGAGAUUCAACAGAAAUCUGGAGCAAGAGUUAAUUUUACAGAUAACAAUAGAGAUUCUCAGGAAGAAAGAGGAGUUGUUAUCAGAGGAACACCUGAAGCUGCUCAGAUGGCAGAAAAUAUGAUCAGAAAGAUUAUUGCAGAACUUCCUGUUAUUGUUACUGAAGAAAUGGUGGUCCCUGGGAAAUGUCUUGGCAGAAUUAUAGGAAGAAAUGGGGAGACUAUUCGUCAGAUGUCACGAACUUCUAAAGCCAAAGUUUAUGUUGACAGAUCAGCUGGUGAUUAUAGAGAAUCUGAGAGAACUGUCACCAUUACUGGUACCAAAGAAAAUAUAGAGCUGGCUAAGUCUAUGAUUCAAGAAAAGAUAGAUGAUGAGGAAUUAUUCAGAGCAAAGAAAGCUGUGAUGGAGGCCAACAGGGAACAAAGACAAAAGCCAAAACAACAUGUGCACGACAAGCAGUUUGAAGGAAGAACAGACAUGUCUUCUAGUAAUCAUGAUCAAGCUAAUGGAGGACCAGAGUCCACUGAAUCCCAACAGGUCCAUCCAGCAGUAAGAGGGUGGCCUGAAGGCAGGGAUUAUAUUGAAGUUUAUGUGUCAGCUGUGGCUAACCCAGGACUGUUCUGGGUCCAGAUUCUAUCGUCUAUGUCAGUGGAACUAGAUAACCUAGUGGAUAGAAUCACUUCAUUUUAUACCACAGAAAUGUUACAGGGUUACAAUGUAUCAAAUCUAGUAGCAGGAGAUCUGGUCGCUGCACCAUUUGAAAACGAUACUUCUUGGUACAGAGCAAAGGUGAUGGGAGUAGAGGGCGACACUUUAGAUCUGUUGUAUGUUGAUUAUGGAGACAGUGGUUAUCUCCCCUGUAACAAGGUUCGAAGAAUGAGAUCUGAAUUUGAGGCAUUGCCAUUCCAAGCUAUAGAGUGCCAUCUGGCCCAUAUAAAACCCGUAGGUGAUACCUGGAGUGAAGACUCGAUAGAGGUAUUUGAUGAGUUGACCUAUGCUGCAAAAUGGAAAGUUUUAAUGGCCAAGAAAAUAAAUCAUCGUCAAACAAGUAUGGGUAUUGUACCUGUAUUAGAACUGAUGGACACGAAUACAGAUCAGGAUGUUAAUAUUGCUCAAGAAAUGGUGAAACGUGGAUAUGCAGUGUGGGAUGAAUCAGAAAUGUUUGAUUGACAUAAAACCAACCAAUCAUACCUGUCAUACAAGUGGACAGAACAGUAUCAAGGGAAAAUGUUUCAUGGACAUUUUAACUGAAAAAUGUGAUUUUCAUCAAAUGAUUUUAAGUAUUAAUACAGCAUUGUGUUUUUGGUGCUAUAUGUUUAUAUAUUGUAACUAUUUUUUAAAGGUUUUGAUAUGAAUGUUAGUUGAUUGGUUUUGAAGCUGGACAUUUUGUAAGAAUAGAAAUAUACAAACAUAGACAUAUGCAUUUAUAACUGAAAUAUGAAAGUCAUGAAAUGAUCAUUUAUUUGGUCCUUCCCAUUUUUUGUACAUCUGUUGCCUGUAAGACAUAGUUUUUUUUUUUUCAGUUUCUACAUAAUCUAUCAACACUUUUGAUUAGGUCUAUAUAAGGCCAAGUAAAUUUAAUUAGUAGAUUUUCAUCCAAAUUUUUGAAAAAAAUGGGGUGGGUGGGAGGAUUUUAUUUUUUAUUUUUUAUUAGAUAUGAAACGCUCUUGUGACGUGUUCUUCAUAUAUGCAAGUGUAAUAAUAAGGUUCUAUCAUGUAUAUACAUGUAUAACAAAUCAAACAUACAAAGAAAUGCAAAAACCAAAAUUUGAAACAGGAUGUUAUUAAUGAAACGAAAUUAUCGACAGUUACCGGUAACGAAAAUGAACAAAAUCCGGAAAUCGUAAAUUUUUCAAAAUAAAAAAAAUUGGGGCGGAACGAUUUCAGAGGGGCGGGCGGGGAUGAAAAUCUAUCAAUUAAUUUUAAUUGGCCUAAGUACUAACGAUACAUCAUUAGUAUUUGUAUACAAUUACAUUAUCAUCCAUUCAACUAAAAUUAUUAUAUGUAGCCAUUAACUCCUAGUCAUUCUCCAAACUUAAUUGAUAAGUUUUCUUUGCCUUGAAGCAGUUUUUAUUCCCAUAAAGGGAGAUAACCAACUUUCAAAUUGUAAUAUUAGAGUAAACUCAUGAUUCGGAUUAUGAGUUUCUGGAAAGGGCUAUACUGUCAAUCAUAAUUUUUACAUUGUUUCAAAUGCAUUUUAUUAGAGAACUGUAUUUCAUUUUAAUGCAAAUCGGGCUAACAGAUUCAUUCAAAACGAUUUUUUACUCUAGGUAGAGGGAUAAAAGAUACUUGUUCCAAAAGAGACAAUUAUCUGUGUUUUUAUGCCACACCUAUGGUUGUAUGAGGGCAUUAUGUUUUCUGGUUGUUACAAUUGUCCGUCUGUCUAUCAGUUUGUACCGUAUUAGGUUAAAGUUUUUGGUUAAUAUAGUUUACCAUGAAGUUGUGGUUAACUUUAAAAAUUAGUAUAAUUGUUCAUUAUGAUGUUAACUUGGAAUACUAUAUACCAAAUUAUGGUUUGACCCCAAUUUCAUGAUUCACUGAACAUAGAAAUGUGAUAGUGUGAAAUUAAAACAUUCUAAGAUUAAACAUUUUGGUUAACGUAGUUAACUGCAUUUUGGUCACAUCAACUUGAAACUUAGGGUAAAUGUUCAUGGUGAAGUGUACUUUUUUUUGACCUUCUGCUGUUGUCUUUUCUAUGGUCGGGUUGUUGUCUCUUUGACACAUUCCCCAUUUCCAUUCUCAAUUUUAUUUUAAAAUUAAAUGACAAUUUAUGGUUUUAACCCUGAUUCCAUGGUUCACUGAACAUGGAUAUAGGGUAGUGCAAGCAGGGGAUGUUGUCCUAUGGACACAUAUAUUCUGGUGAUAAAAAUGUAUACAUAUCACGUUUAUUUUUAAUUUGUUUGAUUGUAUAACAAGAAUGUAUAAUUUCAAAAUGUCAUUCUUUUUUAGAUCUGUUUCUGACACAUAUAUUACCAAUUCAAUCUAGCUUGGACUUAUCUACAAUAUUGAUCAUAGACUUGCAAUAAGAACUGUUUCUUCAAUCUAUUCUAUCUAGAUUUCUUGGCCUUUUAAUACUUUUUGGAUUUGUAAACCAAUUCCGUCACAUAUUGCACCUUUCUUUUGUUUGUUAAACAAUAUAAGUUCCAUUUUAAACAAACCAAUUUAAUACACUGUAUUGCUAUUUGUCCGCCAUUACUGGACAUCACAAAGGUUCCGUAAAAUUUUGACGUCACAAAAGAAAAUGUAUGACGCCACAAAGAAAAAGUGAUUUUUGUAUGACGUCAAUAGUUCAAGUGUCACAGAUUCUCGGGUCAAGUGUCGCAGAUUCCCAAAUAGCGAUAAGGUCUGUAGAAAAGAAAAGAUAUUGGGUAGCCAUCCAUGACACAAAAUCACUAUAUUCACAGCUAGAAACACAAAACACAAAGGAACAGCGCUUAAAUUGCUGUUUUCAUCUCAAAGUCACAGUGAGGCCUUCAACACAGAGCCCAAAACUCUCACCUCACUGCAAGUUUAAGACGACCCCAAUCACUGGUUUGAGCGGAAUUCUUUGCAAACUGACAAUCACGCCACAACUGUGAAUUGAAGAACAAAGCCAUGAUGUAAUAUCAAUAAAAUAAAUUUGGCAAAGAAAUCAAACAUGUACUGUCAUAAUAAGUAUAUAUAUAUAUAAAUGAGUUGUGUCAAAUAGAAAGACCUUAUGCAAAUGAAUAUCAAUACAUCUGUUAACCUAUUUCGGGUUGAAAAAAUCUCUGUGUAAAGUCUGUAAUUGUUUGAAAAUUGAGUUGAUAUAAGAACCCUACAAAACAGACCAAAUUUCAUCUCUUAUUUCAUAUUUGAAUGUUCCAAAAUUAUUCAGUCUUAUACAUGUACAUGUAUAUGUGCACUUGCAUAAGGUCGAUUUCUAUCCAACGCUCAUAGGUCGCAAUAUAAGAAGUUUUCAACAUGGUUGGUUUUCGCUAAAGUUUCCCAUCGAAAAUAGAGGUGAAGGAUUUGAACAGUUCAAAAUUGUCCAGGAUUAGUUUUGAAUUUUUUGCAGAAUGCCAUACACUCUGAGUGUUGUUACAUGGUUGUUACCAAUAAAUACACCUUAUCGCUAUUUAUUCCAAUCCAGAUAAGUUCUGAAAUUACACAACUUUUUCAUCCAGUUAAACCUAUCUGGGGCCCUGUUUAAACAAUGUAUUUUGCAUAAAACUUUUCAAAGAGAUAUUUUUUAACCACCGUAAACACUUCAAACAAAGCAUUUUUAUGAUUUUAAUAUGUGUUUUAAAAAAGUUGAUCAUAAUCUAUCAAAGUUUCAAAAUGUUCGCAUUCUAAACUUUUUCUUCCCUCAACUCGUUACUGAUGACCUUUGUUUUUGCAACAUUUGACCCAAACUGGAAGUUGUCUAAGUGACUUUUUUUUCUGGAUUGGACUAAAUAGUGAUAAGGUGUAUAUUACAGGAAUACAAUAGUUAUUGAUUGUGUCUGGGAUAAUGAUAUACCCCAGCAAAAGUAUGUUUAUUUACUUAAAUAAGUAUUGUUUCAAUAGAAUGGAGGUGAAUCAAAUAGUUUUGUAACAUUGAGAAUCUCCUGUGUGUGUUUUUUUUUAGAAAUAUGUUCUUUGAUGAGAGAAGUAAUCAUCAUUUUUAUAAAAUGGAAUAAAGUUUGGUAAUUUUA